CUUUCUCCUUCUCUUUGUUGAAGCAAGUAGAGCUACCAUGAUCAUCAUUAGAACAUUCUUGUUCUUCUUGGUUAUCAUGGCUACAACUAAAAUUGCUUUAAUGGAAGAACAGACAUACAUAAUUCACAUGGACAAGACCAAAAUGACAGACUCAGAUCAUCAACAAUACUACCAAGCAGUGAUUGAUUCCAUCACCAAACUCUCAUCUCAAGAAGAAGAAAAAGAAAACAAGACACCAACUCCUCAGCUCCUUUACAUAUAUGAAACUGCUAUAUCAGGUUUUGCAGCAAAGCUGUCAACCAAUCAACUCAAAUCCUUGAACCAAGUUGAUGGUUUCCUCUUUGCCAUACCUGAUGAGCUGCUAAGUCUCCAUACCACACAUACUCCACAGUUCCUUGGCUUACAAAAUGGCAAGGGACUUUGGAGCGCUUCCAACUCAGCCUCGGAUGUAAUUGUUGGCCUUGUUGACACAGGAAUCUGGCCAGAACAUGUAAGCUUCCAGGACUCAGGUAUGUCCCCGGUACCCUCUCGCUGGAAAGGCACUUGUGAAGAAGGCACAAAGUUCUCAUUUUCAAAUUGCAACAAAAAGCUUAUUGGUGCAAGAGCUUUUGUCCAAGGGUAUGAGGCCAUUGUUGGCAGAGUCAAUGAAACAGUGGAUUAUCGAUCCCCUCGUGACUCGAAUGGGCAUGGAACUCAUACUGCUUCCACUGCAGCUGGUAACUUUGUGAAUCAAGCCAGCUUAUUUGGCUUGGCCAAGGGCUCAGCCAGUGGAAUGAAGUAUACUGCAAGAAUUGCAGCCUAUAAGGCCUGCUGGACAUCGGGAUGCGCUAACUCUGAUGUAAUGGCUGCUAUUGACAGUGCUGUUGCAGAUGGGGUAGACAUUUUGUCACUCUCAUUGGGAGGUGUUUCUAAGCCUUAUUACAAAGACAAUAUUGCUAUAGCUUCAUUUGGGGCAAUCCAACAUGGAGUUUCUGUGUCGUGCUCAGCCGGUAACUCAGGCCCUUCUAGGUCAAGUGUUAGUAAUGCCGCACCUUGGAUUAUGACUGUUGCAGCUAGCUAUAGUGACAGAAGCUUUCCAACAGCAGUGAAACUUGGGGAUGGACAAAUUUUUGAAGGUUCAUCUCUAUAUUCUGGUAAGAAAACUAAACGAUUGCCACUUGUGUAUAACAGAACUGCAGGUAGCCAAGGAGCUGAGUAUUGCUUUGAAGGUUCACUGGUCAAGAAGCUUGUAAAAGGAAAGAUUGUGGUUUGUGAGGAAGGAAUAUAUUCGCGAACUGAAGUUGGAGAUAAAGUGAAGAAGGCUGGGGGAGCUGGAAUGCUUCUACUGAACAGUGAAGAUGAAGGUGAAGAACUUCUUGCUGACGCUCAUAUUCUGCCGGCCACUUCUCUUGGAGCUUCUGCUGCUAAAGCCAUCCGAAAAUACGUAGGCUCAGCAAAGAAACCCUCAGCUUUGAUUGUGUUCCAAGGCACAGUCUACGGCAACACUGCGCCUGUGAUGGCAGCCCUUUCAUCUAGAGGGCCAAAUUCUGCUGGACCGGACGUGAUCAAGCCUGAUGUGACUGCACCAGGUGUGGACAUUUUGGCUGCUUGGCCACCCAAUAUCAGCCCAAGCAUGCUUGAAAGUGAUAACAGAAGUGUUCUGUUUAACAUAAUCUCAGGCACUUCAAUGUCUUGCCCCCAUGUGAGUGGCUUAGCCUCUCUUCUCAAGUCAGUGCAUAGAGAUUGGUCACCUGCAGCAAUCAAAUCUGCACUAAUGACCACAGCUUACACACUAAACAACAAAGGGGCCCCAAUUGCUGAUAUUGGCUCAACUAGUACUUCAAAAUCAGCUACCCCUUUUGCCUUUGGUUCAGGGCAUGUUGACCCAGAAAAUGCUGCUGAUCCAGGACUAGUUUACGACAUUACCGCUGAAGACUACCUGUUUUAUUUGUGUAGCUUGAGUUAUAACUCUUCCCAAAUAGCUCUUUUCUCCAGUGGGGUUAAUUUUACUUGUCCAAAAAAUGCAGUUCUUCAGCCUGGUGACUUGAAUUACCCUUCAUUCUCUGUGCUUUUCAGCAAAGAUGCAAGGAAUAUGAGUGUUACGUACAAGAGGACAGUGAAAAAUGUUGGUAAAAUUCCUAGUACUUAUGCAGUGCAGGUGAAAGAACCUACUGGAGUAUCAGUAACUGUUGAGCCUAGGAGCUUGGGGUUUAAGAAGAUGGGUGAAAAACUGAGCUACAAAGUCAGUUUUGUUGCAUUGGGAGGACCAGCUUUGACCAAUUCAUCCUUCGGAACCCUAACUUGGGUGUCAGGGAAAUAUAGAGUUGGAAGUCCCAUAGCAGUAACUUGGCUGUAAUAAGUUUUUUAUUUUUGGUCAAAGCUAUAAUAAGUUUUGGGGCUAAAUCACCAUCAACCUCAAGUUUAGGACUAAAUGAUGGAGGGCACAGAAGUAUGUAAUUUUAACUGCCAUAAAUUAUUACCAGGGAUUGCCAGUUAA